CUUUAGUUGUGGUAUAACUGAUACAUUAUAAUUUAACGCGUCCGUACAUUUCGCGUGAUUGUUACUUUUGUUGUCAAAACAGAUGAAUUGUGAAAAUGGAUAGAUUAAAUCAGAUACGGGGCGAGGCGGGAAGCUCGCGCGACUUGACGUUGGACACUACUUCCCCGCCGAGCGAGGCCUUCAUGACCGCCAACGAGAGUUCUUCCAAAUAUUUCUCGCUUUCUGAAGUCGACUCAACCUUUAGCAUAUCCCCGUCGAAGGAUUCAUUGGCGGCUGCCAGCAGCGUCCCUGACCGGGAGAUCACAACGAACACUGAGUUGAUAUCGAACCUGUCUCCUAUUCCAAAAAAGAGUGAUUUAGAUAGCUAUAAAAUUGGUAAGCAAAUAGAGGCUGCUAAUAUUCUCUCCGGGGGUGUCAAUAUUUUCGACGAUAACGAUAAUUCUUAUGACGGUGAUGAACUGGUGAUAGACGACAAUGGAAUCGUUGAGGACGAAAAAGGUAAUGCUGAUGUAAAACUAAAUGAAAAUACGGAGUUUCCAAUAGACAAAAGUGAGAAUCUUGAACCUUUAGAAGAUUCAGAGACAAUACCGAGUAAGGAUUCUGAAGUGGUGCUACAGAUUGAUGGAAAGAAUGUUGAUGCAAUAGAUAUUGGCAAUGGUUUAUAUUUGUAUAGAAAGGCUGGUGAAGAGGAACUUGCUGCGGUGCAGAUUAUUGAGAAUGAUCAACAACAGCCUAGUUUUAAGUUUUUAAAAGUGCGAGAGAAUGCUGAAGGAAAUUUAGAAGUGUAUGAAGAAAUAGAGAUUGAAAUCCCAAAAGAAGUGCCUACCAAAGAAGGAAAUCCCACUGGACAUACUUCUUCCCAUGUGCCUAUAAAGGAUAUAAGUAAAAUGAUAAAUGAGCCUUCAGCUAAUAAAGCUGCAGAUAAAAUACAUAAACAACCAAAGAAUGAAUCAAAUAUUAGUAGCGAUUUGGGUUUAGAACCUAAUGUUGCGGAAUUACAAACUGAUAUUAAAUCAGAAGUUAAUUUAAAUGGUAAAAUGGUGAAAUUUAAUGAAUCUCGUAAAUCUCCAUUAAUAGGUACUUAUACGCCUAUGACAUACCACUCCACACCAAAUAAAGAGGGCAUACCGUUAACAAAAACUAUGGUUGAUCAACAAUUACAACCAAGUAGAAAUUCAGACAAUAUUAAAAAAACUAUAGAAGUACACACAGAUAGUUGUAGGCAGAAGUUAUGGGAUACUCCUCCAAAAAAUAAAGAUUCAAAUGAAACAGCUAAGACACCAGAAAUUGGUAACACCAAGGAAAUUGUAGAAAAUGCAGUAGUAGCUUCUGAUGUAGCUCAAGAAGAUAUCAAACAAAAAGAACCCAAAAAUGAAACUAAUACCAAAGCUAUUGAUUCCGAAGCUAAUAACGAACCUGUCAAAGAAAAAACCAUAUUAAAUGAUGUAAACGUUAGAGAAAAUGUAGAAAAUGAGGAGUCACAAAAAGGAGUAAAAACUGAAAACAAAUCAGAACUUGAAAAUGAAGUAAAUGAAACAGUAGAAGAAAUUUCAUCAAAGGAAAAAGAAAUAGUAGUAGAAGAUGUUGAUAAAAAUAAAGUUUCUGUUGAAGAAAACAUCAGUGAAAACACAAAAAUAUCUCAAAAUGAUGAAGUAAAAAAUCAGUUAGAUGAAAAAAGUUUUUCAGUGGCUGAUAAAGUUGAAAUGAAGCAAGAAAAAGGGAGACUAAGCGAUUUAAACAUCAUAAAAGAAACUAAAGAUAUCAAUAUUCAGUUUGUUGUGACAAAUGAUAAUGUCACAAAAGAUCUUGCAGAAAUAAAUAAAAUCGAUACAAACUUUGAAGAAAAACCAUUGUUCAGUGACACUGCCAUAAAUAAAACUAUUGAAAAUAAAAAAGAAGAUAAUUUGCCGGAAAUAAAUAGUGUAACUGAAGUUGAGAAAAUAAAAAAUUCAGAAUCCCAAAGUGAAGUGAAUAAUACAGAAGAGAAGAAAAUUAUAGAUGAAGUAAAAAAUGAUAAUAAAAUUAAAGAUAAUGAGAAUAUUAUACCUAAUAAUGUGAAAAUUUGUUCUCUUAACCCAACUGAUGAAGUAACUGACCUCACUGAUAAGCCUGAAGAUAAGCUAAUUAAUGAAAUCAAUAAGGCAGAGGAACAAAGGGAAGAUACCAAUUUACCAAAUACUACACAAAACCAAACCAGUGCAAUUACUCUAAACAAAUUAAAAAUUAAUAAAGAUGAUAAUUCUAUAAUAGUUCAGACCGAAGUUACAAAAAACUCAGAAAAAAAGAUUGAAAAUGUAUCCCCAAACGAUAACAGCCCAAUUUGUUUAACAGAUAAAAAUAAUGACAAUAUAAAAGUUGAUACCGUAAACAAGUUACAGUCAAAAUGUAAUCAAGAUAAUGGUAAUAACUGCAAAAUGAAUGUAGAAAAAGUUAAAGAAGAAAUUAAUUUAACAGAUGAUAAUAAAAAUAAAAAUAAAUUAAACACACAAGGAAGAACUGACGUAGAUAUUGUUAAGCAUGUAAAGACAACUGUAUCUCAGCAGCUUAGUUCUGAUAAAUCGAACAUCGGCGCAAAUAUUUCUAAAGAUAUCAGCAAAGAAAGUAAUAUCACACAUAUACCAAUAAAUACGAAUAACCUUGUGGGUCCAAGAAGUAACGUGGAACAAAAUAAAAUUGAAACCAAAGUGGAAAUUCCAAAACCUAAAGUUGUAGCUUCCAACAAACCUGUUAAUAAUAACAAUAGUGCAGUUCCUUUUGGAAAAUGGACCUCUGCCAACAGGCAAGAAUUUCUGAAUAAAAUUAAAGAAACUAAAAUACCUUCGUGCAAUUCUAACACAAACCAACUCAAACAACCCAAUGAUUUAAAUAGACGAGAUGUUUUAAAGAAAAUUGAUAGCCAACGACAAUCAGCCACCGCUUCUACGAAAGUUGUGGACCAUGGAUCCAUGUCUAAACUGCCUACGAAAAGUGAAGUUGGUGUGUUUGUAAAUAAAAGUAAUGUAAAACAACACACAAGUAAACAGGAUAUGAGAAUAGCAAUUGCUAAAUCUCAGCCUUCAUUUGUAAAGCAGAAACCUAUUGUCAAUAAUAAGAAAUUGAACAAAGAUGAAAUGAUUGAUGAUGUUUCAAGUAAAAAACCUAGUCAACGAAAGGAAAUUAAUAACCAGGACUUAAUAGAUAAGACUAUCGAAGAUAUUAUUAACAGGUCUACUGUAACAAAGGGCACGGCUGAAAACAUUGGAGAAAAAGUAGUCAAUAUGACUGGUACAGACUCUUCUUCAUUAGAUGAUAUCGAAAAGAAGAUGAAUGAAUUGCAUGGAAUUCCGUACGAAGAGCGGACACCACAUGAAGUACAUAAUAAACCCAUUGGUAAUGAUACAAAAAAUAGUAUUAAAAAUGAGAAAGACAAAAUGCCAAAUCUUGUACCAUUUAAAAAUAAAGAUCAGCUCAUUAUUGUGAAUGAAAAAGAACCAGUUGAACUUUCAGAUGAGGAAAUAAUCGAACAUGAGCCUAUAACGGGUGAUAUCGAUGCCAACAAACACAAUUUAGUUUCUUUAUUAUCCACUCAAGAUAAAAUCCCAAUUGAAUCUAGGAAAGACGCAAUAAUUACAGAAAAGGAUUUUGACAAAUUUGCUAGAAGAAAUUCUAUUACUUUUGAAAAUUGUUUAACUAUGAGCUUUGAUGGUAAAGAGCCUCAUAACGUUAUACAAACAGUAGUAGAAAAAGAUCCUACUGUAAAAAAAUUAUCUAGAAAUGAAUUAAUGCUUGCUGAAUCUAAAGCAAAGUCUACAAGUAAACAAUUAAAUAUUGCAAUGCGUCAUAAUAACCAAAUAAGUAAAAUCCCAACUUGCGUAAAAACAGUAACUGAAGAAGACACUCUUACCAAGAAUUAUCAAUCUAAAGUGCAGAUUGCUUAUCAAUCUGUCCUUUCAGCCAAGCGGAAUAUGGAGCAAAUUACAAUCAUUGAAGAUAAGCCAGUGAAAGUUGUAUACAUGGACACAAAUGUGGAAUAUACGGCGACACAAUUAAAUGUUCAAGGGCAGGAAUUAUCGCCUCUUAAGAAACAGUCGUCAGAAUCCUCGGACGUACAUAGUGCAUCGGAAUCUUUAGAUUCAGAUGCAAUAGAAUCACAGAACGAAAUCAAGUGUCAAGAUGAUACUAAGUUCAAAAUUAAACAUCAAAGAAAGCAAGUCUUGACACCAGUCAAAGAACCUGAGUUAGAACUAAUUGAACCUUGUGAUUUAGGUAUCGAAACUUCACCCAAGAAAAAACGUAAAUUGGAGGAAAAAAUUGAGAAAACUUCCAAGACACUCGUGCCAAAGAAAUCUUACCUGUUAAAUCGUAAUAUCGUGGCAAGCGAAAUUCCUAAGACACAAAGUAUAAUAAAUACUACAUCAAAAGAAAUUGAAAAUCAUAGUGAAGCUUUUAAAACACAUACUGAUACUAUAUCAGCGAUAGAUAACUUAGUUAAAGCCGCUGAACUAAUUGAAACACAACAGGCUGAACAAAAAAAAUGUGUGACUAAUAUUACAUCUUUAAAUAAUUCUCCAAUCACGCCGAUAAAAAGAGGGAGGGGUCGUCCCAGAAAGUAUCCGAUAGCCGAACAAGGCACAGAUGUGAAAGCUCCUAGUCCACAGAAAAAACCUCGUUUAAUAGACGCUAAAGCUACCAAAAGUUUCACAGAUUCUGAUGACAGUAGCGAUGAGGAAAUUGUUAAGGAAAACUGGACAAUGGGUAAAAUUAAUGAGAAUAUUGUUUGUCCUAUUUGUAAUAAAUUAUUUAGAUCUGAGAAUGUUGUAUUCAAACAUGUCAAACAUUGUACUGGCCCUUCGCCAAAUAGAUCUGAUUCGGAUAAAAGAAGCUCGAUAAGGCGGAGGUACUCCUCUGAAAGAAAAUCGCGCGAUAGCAGAUACGACUUUACGGACGACGACGACGACGACGAUGAUGAUGUUGAUGAUGAUGAUGAAGAGGAAGAGCAAAGAAUUAGAAGUCGUAAGUCUCGUCACUAUACAAAAUCUACAAAUGAUAACGAUGAUGUUAUAGUGAUAGAAGAUACACCUAUCAAAGAAAGGUUGGACAAAACUCAUAAAGGAAAGAUAUCGGAUCUAAAGAGAGGCAUUACGAAAAAUAAACAACAUAGCACUAAUAAUCUCAUUUGUGAAUUUUGUGGAAAAACAUUUAGACAGUUAUCAUAUUUGGUCAACCAUAAAAUGCAGCACAAGAAAGAAGAUACUAAAAACUCUGGAAAUGAAGUCACGAAACCGAUAUUUAGUUGUGAUGUUUGCAAAAAGGAGUUCAGAAAAUCACAACAUUUGGUUCAGCAUCGAAUUAUUCACAAUUCAGACUUUAUGCAUACAAGGGUACUUAGAAAAAGUUCUUCGGAACAACAUGAUACAACGAAAUCGGUAAAAAAUCAAAGUAACUUAAAACAAAAUGAUGAUCCGAGUGCUGGUUUUCGAUGUGAACCGUGCGACAAAUCGUUUAGGAAGUUACACCACCUUGUUGAACAUAGAGAAACUCACGAUUGUGUAAACAAAAAAGGCACACAAAACGCACAAAAUAUCAAUGAAGCUACUAAACCUUCAUUAGCUCAUUGUUGUGAUAUAUGCAAAAAGGUGUUUAAAAAAUUAUCAGAUUACUUAGAACAUAAAGACCAACACUUAGAAACCAGUUCAGAAAAGUCUGAUGAUAAAAGUGUUAAGAGCUCCCUCUCGACAAAAGAUAUCAUUCACGAAUGUUCACUUUGUUAUAUGGUUUUUCCUAAUGAGCACUCUUUAAACAAGCAUACAAUUAUUUGCCAACGAAAAAAGAAGCAAUCGGCGGCUAAGCAAGCUGCCAAAAAAACUGGAGAGGAAGAAGAAGCUAUCGAUGCCGAGGAAAGUAAAUCGAAUGAGACUGUUUUGGAUGGAGUAGACCUUAAAAAGCACAAUGAAAAAAUGGAAGCUUCUCAAAUAACUAAAACUCCUCAGUUGGAUACUGAUAACACUUCACAACACAAAUUGGAAUCAAAGGAAAACGAAAAGUUACUAGUUUUUUCUGAUAACGAUAAAAAUGUAUGUGAAGGUAAAGUAAAUGAUGUAGAAAAGAAGAACAUCUCGGAAAACAUAUUAAGUGCUAUAGAAUUAAUACCAGAGAAAAGACAUAGUGACCAACCUACAGUAAAUCCUUCCAAAAUAAGUGAUGAUAUCGAACAUCAAGGAAAAGUUGAGAUAUUUGAAAUUAAAGAGCAUAUCACCAUUGUAGAUACACCGACACUCAAAAAGAAAUUGCCAAAUAAAGAUAAAAUAGCUCCAACUGUGACAAAGAGGUUAAAAUCUUCUAAUGCACCACUGCCUGUCGUAGAAAAACCGAAACCUAAAGCGGAUUCAAGUGAUGACGAUGAGAUACGAUACAUGCUAAAUCCCAAUUUUAAAGAAGACCGCUGUCCAGAAGGCAAACUAUUCAUGAAAGUGAGAGCUAAGAAACGAAACUCUCUCCAAAUAGAAAGACCUACGUCGAAAGAUUUAAUUAAAAGGAGAAUUUCCCUGCAACACCCGCCAAAAAUACCACGUCUGAAAGUAAAAGCAGUCGAACCGAGGCUAUUCAACGCUCUACCGGUCGAGAAAAAGCUGAAACUUUCUAAACCAGAAAUCUCACCUUACACGGAUUCAGACGAUAGUGACGUAAAAUAUUCCUUCCCGACGACAAAUUUACCCGAGGUCGCCUCUAAAGGUGUCGAUAAGAAAAUUAAAAGACAGUCCUCGGCGACGAAGAGGAAAUCGCUCAGCAGUAUCGCAAAGAGAAAAUCACUGGGAAAGCACAAAACGAUCACACCAAUAAAUAAACCUAAGAAACGCACAGAAGUGGAACACCGCUGCGAUUGCGGGCAGUUAUUCAGUAGUGCGGCGCUGCUGUCGAGGCACACGACCUUAGCGCACACUCCGCCCCGUAUCCGGCGCCGGCGCUCGCCCCCGGCCUCCGCCCCGGCCCCCGCCCCAGCCCCCGUCCCGGCUCCCGCCCCGCCCAAGACACGGACGAGUAAAGCUAAAGAGAAUGUGCAAUCGAAAAAGCUCCGAAGUGACGUUACCGACUCGAAUAAGACCGUUAGUUUAGCAGUAGGGAAGAGGAAAUCAAGUGUUAGUAAUAGUGAAACGAAAAUUAGGAACGAUGCGGGCAAGACUGUUAAGAGCGAACCCAGCGGUAAGAAGCUGAGGAGCUCCGCUCAUAGAGGCGUGCCCGUACCGGAGAAGAUGAGAAAGCUUAUGGAGAAGACGAAAAAGUAACCAUUUUGGUAUUUGUGGAGUUACGGACUGAGUAGGAAUUUUUCCGGAUAUUGUACGAAAUGCUAGGCUAGGAAUAGGGGUCGCUAGUAUGUAGAUAAAAUCACGCAUCACAAGCGCUCACAAUGAUGUAACAGACGGACCAUUGUUUAAUAGAUAUAUUUUUCCUAUUUCGGCAUGUUUAAGAUACACCAAAUGACAAAUAUUUUUAUCGCGGUUUGGAGCGUUCGGUCUUGUCUAUAUGUAAAUUUGCGAAUUUGAGAAUCAUAUAUAUAGGUAUAUAUUUUGUCAAUUUGUUUAUUAUAGAUAUAGAUAUAUGAUGUGAAAGAGUAAAUAUUUAUAUUUGUGUUAGUUAUAAGAAUUAUUUUCAUUUUUUUUUAUUUUUUUUCAGCACUGUGGUUAUUAAUAGUGCUAAAAUCGUUAACACUGUGUUUACAAUAAAUUCUAAAAGCACCUACAACAUCUUGGUUGAUAAUUAUUUGAAUUGUUCUUGUUAAAUGUAUAAACAACAAAAAAAAAUUGAAAAUAUAUGAUUAAAACAACUGAUUAAAACCACAACAACCACGAAAACAUCUGAUUUUCUAUAUGUACCGCGUUAUACUUACAUUUCAAUUUUUGAUAUAUAUAUUUUUUGAAUAUUUGCUUUAGUCUUUUUAUAUAUUGAAUGGAAAUACAAUCUUCAAGCUUGAUUAACCAUUAUGUUCUAAUAAUUUGGAACAUUCAGCUACUUUUGUUGCUAUAAUUAUAUUUUUAGUAGUGUACUGUAUUGAAUCUUCAUUUUUAUUGUCGUUCAAUGAUCUCUUAAUUUCAAAUUGAUCACAAGCACUGAUAUUCGCCUGCAUAAGCACAAUUUUAAAAUGAAAUUAAUUUAAAGUAAAAUAGAGCAAGCAAUGACAUCGCAAAGUAUUGAAGAGAGACAAGUAAAAUUUGAUUUAAUUGUUGUGGUACUUACUGUUGACUAGUACCUAAACACUUUCCCGAAUAUUAUUGUCUUUGAUAGGGCUGUCAUCCAGCUGGAGUUUUUCGAAUUUCGCUUAAUUUGGAGGGCUGGAAUACCUCCAGAUAGAGCGCAUUUUAAAAUAGAUUUGUAAAAUCCAAACACUUGGUUAGGACAAAUGUUGUCAAAUAAUCGUCAAUAUGCAAUUAAUUUAAAAUAAUUACGUAACAAAUUUUUAUUUUUCUGAUAAUGUAGAAUAAGCAAAAAAUCGAUUUUACACAAAUGUCCAGUGGAUGCAAAAUAUUUUGUGCAGCUUGAGAAAUAUACGAUGGCAGCUCUAUCUCUGAUCAAACUUUCUAAGGGCAGGGUAUAUGGAACAUGAUGAAAUAAACAUAUCGGAAGUUUCAUUUGUAAUCAAUAUAUUUGUUAUGUAUAAUGAUAAUUGAGGAUAUACGAUGAGCUUAUAGGAAACGUUUUAUUGUUUUUUUCGAGAAAUUGUGAUUUUGCAAUAGCAAAUUGAAGAGCUUCCCAAUUUUGGAUUGGUCCCCAGACGCUUUGUAGUAUAUUUUGAAUUACUGACGUAAGGUGUAGUAUGUUGAUGUUACAUGAAAAGAACCGUGAUCAAUUUAAACCCUCAAUUUGGAAGAUAUUUAAUAUACGAUUACUAGAUAAUAUUCAAAAACGUAUUUUGGGAAAUAUUUCAUGAUACAUAGAUAUUGAAUAGUAAAUUUUACAUUUUAUUAUUAUAGUUAAACUGACCACACCAUGUAGUAAUGUCUUGGAUUUUCUUCAUAAUUUUCUAGGAAAAUAGGACCAAAUUUUAUGAGAAAUCGUUUGUAAUGGUAAUAAUAUAUACUGUUUUUAAUUUUAAUUAUUAACGUUUAUCUGCUCUCGUGACUAACAUUGGAAUUAUAUGUUAUUGUUAGAAGUAAUGAGUAGUGUGUCGUAAAAUGAGUAAGAGCAUUUAACAUAGAUUUUAUAUAUGUAGAUGAUAUCAUUAUUUUUAAUAUGAUGCAAUUUUCAUUGAUGGGUUAAAAUAAAUUGUCAUAAAAUGUGCUGUUUACUUUAAAGAUUCAUAGUUAAAGGUGUUUUAUUAAAAUAUUCUGUGUUUUGUAUGUUUAAGAGAUAUAAUUUGUAGUAAUUUUUGACAAUAAAUAAUUACAUACUGAAA